AAUAUUAAUCCAUUUCCAAUUUCCCACCCCUCAUCUCUUUAUAAGGUCCACGUUCACUGCACCUUUUUCUUCAUCCUCAUUCUCCUCAUUCUCACCUUCCUCCUCCAAAAAUGGUUUCAGCAAUGAAACUCACCAUCCUCUUCAUCACCCUAACCUUCACAGUUUCACUAGCCUUAGACAUGUCGAUAAUCUCCUACGACAAAACUCACCCUGACAAAUCAACUCCGAGAACCAACGACCAAGUGUUGACUAUGUACGAAGAGUGGUUAGUCAAACACGGUAAAAACUACAACGCUUUAGGCGAGAAAGAAAAGCGAUUCGAGAUCUUUAAAGAUAAUCUCGGGUUCAUCGAUGAACAUAACAGUAAGAAUUUGAGUUUUAGAUUGGGGUUGAACCGGUUCGCCGAUCUCACCAAUGAAGAGUAUAGAACCAGGUUUUUGGGAACCAGGAUCAAUCCGAACCGGAGAAAUCGUAAGGUGAACUCACAGACCAAUAGAUACGCGACACGUGUCGGUGAUAAAUUGCCGGAAUCUGUUGAUUGGAGAAAAGAAGGUGCUGUUGUUGGAGUCAAAGAUCAAGGAAGCUGUGGGAGUUGUUGGGCAUUCUCAGCAAUAGCAGCUGUGGAAGGAGUGAAUAAGUUAGCGACAGGCGAUCUAAUUUCGCUAUCAGAACAAGAACUUGUGGACUGUGAUACAUCAUAUAAUGAGGGAUGCAAUGGUGGACUUAUGGACUAUGCCUUUGAGUUCAUCAUCAAUAAUGGUGGCAUUGACUCCGAAGAGGAUUACCCCUAUCGUGCUAUUGAUGGUAGAUGUGAUCAGAACAGGAAAAAUGCUAAAGUUGUUUCAAUUGAUGACUAUGAGGAUGUUCCCGCUUAUGAUGAAGGUGCUUUGAAAAAGGCUGUUGCAAAUCAGGUCAUCGCCGUUGCUGUUGAAGGAGGUGGUAGGGAAUUCCAGUUAUAUGAUUCUGGUGUGUUUACAGGAAGAUGUGGAACAGCACUAGACCAUGGUGUUGCAGCAGUUGGAUACGGAACAGAAAACGGUAAAGAUUAUUGGAUAGUUAGGAAUUCAUGGGGUGGUAGCUGGGGAGAAGCCGGAUACAUCAGACUCGAACGUAACCUUGCAACAAGCAAAUCAGGCAAGUGUGGAAUUGCAAUCGAGCCAUCUUAUCCAAUCAAGAAUGGUCUGAAUCCCCCUAAGCCUGCUCCAUCACCACCUUCACCAGUGAAGCCACCAUCUGUUUGUGAUAGUUACUACAGCUGUGCUGAAGGAUCAACCUGUUGCUGUAUUUUCGACUAUGGAGGAUCUUGCUUUGAGUGGGGAUGUUGCCCUCUAGAGUCUGCUACUUGCUGUGACGAUCAUUACAGUUGCUGCCCUCACGAGUAUCCCGUCUGUGACACUUAUGCAGGACUUUGUCUUAAGAACAAGAACAACCCAUUGGGAGUGAAGUCAUUCAAACGAACUCCGGCAAAGCCACACUUUGCCAUUGGAGGCAAGAACAAGAUGGGCAGUGUUUAAGUUGUUGGCGCGAUAAUAUAAGUGAUGAUGCUUAACAAGCACGAAGAACUAAAACACUAGCUGAUGCCAUUUUCCUAUGUUUUCAAGGAUAGUGAUUGUAGCGGUUAUAUCUGUUCUCUAUUUCAUUUUAUGAUACAAACAGAUACAUUGUGUCAAGUUUCAGUCACACUGACUGUGUACAUAGCUAUGCACUGUAUUUCUAUUCGAAUUCCAAACCAAGAACUUAAUUGAUUACUCUGUACUUUCAGCUUUGGUAAUUUAUGUGAUGAUCAUUCGGUACUAAA